UGGGGGGAGACCCAGCCCCCAAGGGGCGGGCGCCGGGCAGGGCCCUGCGGGCUAGCGGAGGGUUGGGCCCCGGCUCUCAGCCCCUCUCUACCCACCGUCUGACAGGGGGAGGAGCCGGCCGGGAGGGCGGGGGUCGCGCCCGAGACCCGGACAGGAGAGUCCGACCCGGAGCCUCGUUGCAGGCCGGGGACGCUGCGGGAGGGCUGUUCGGGCCGGCGCCGGUGGGCUCCCCCUCACUGACCGCCGCGGGGUGGGGCGGGGGGCUUCGCAGGCCGCCAGUAUCGACAUGCUGCUGGAAGAGGUCCACGCCGGCGACCGGCUGAGCGGGGCGGCGGCCCGAGGAGACGUGCAGGAGGUGCGCCGCCUUCUGCACCGCGAGCUGGUGCACCCAGACGUUCUGAACCGCUUUGGCAAGACUGCGCUGCAGGUCAUGAUGUUCGGCAGUCCCACCAUUGCCCUGGAACUCCUGAAGCAAGGCGCCAGCCCCAACGUCCAGGAUGCCUCGGGCACCACUCCGGCCCACGAUGCAGCCCGCACUGGAUUCCUUGACACCCUAAAAGUGUUGGUGGAGCACGGCGCUGAUGUCAACGCACCCGAUGGCACCGGGGCGCUCCCCAUCCACCUGGCAGUGAGAGAGGGCCACACUUCUGUGGUCAGCUUCCUGGCUACCGAGUCUGAUCUCCAUCACAGGGACGCCAGGGGGCUCACACCCCUAGAGCUGGCACGGGGGAGAGGGGCCCAAGAGCUCAUGGACAUACUGCAGCGGCACACGGUGGCACCCCUGUGACCUGGGGCCACCCACUCCAGCAGCAGGACCCAGCUGAGUUCUGUGUCAGAAGAGGGAAGAAACACUUUCUCCCUUUGCUCCUCCUGCCCGCUGCCGAGGGGCACCGGUUUGUGGCUUGUUGGUGUUGAUUUCUGGGGUGUGUGUGUUUGACGUGCAUUUCUCGUUUUUUUUUUCUCACCCCUUUCGGUGUGUUGGGCAGAGAAGGGCUCCUACAAGCAAACAGCCACCUAAACGGUUCAGUUUCCUCCACGCCUACAGACUGAGUCCCAAGGGCAGAGCGUUUAAAACCCCUGCCCUCGAGAGUGAGAGAGUGAGGUCAUCUCUUCCAAGGCUCUUGGAACCUGUCGACCUUGGCCGGCUUACGGAGAGAAGACCUCAAGUGUGCACACUGCUUUCCGGCAUGGGGGAGGGGGGAGUGUUCCAAAUCGAUAAAAGGGUAGUAUGAGUUCAUUCAUAUUUUGUUGAAAGCUUCAUUUCCAGUCCCUUGUACAGAGUUAAAAAAAAAAAAAGUUAUUUAUUAAGCUUUAUGGAAAAUAUUGUUGUGUGUGUAAUUUAAUGUUUUUACCCAUUAAAUUAAGACUUGUGCAUGACCACA